GAUUGGACCAGUUUCACUCUGGACAUUCUGAUGACAGGUGUCCAGCAGCAGCUCAGCCCUUCGAAGGAAUGUAAAUGCAGCAUGUUCGUGGAGCUGCGACUUCAAGAGACGCUGCCGAAGCUCAAAAGUGCCAGUGAGGAACUGCGGCGUUCACUGCCUUCUUCCAUUGCUGAGACAUUUCGGGGACGAGGUCGGGAGAGGCAGGAGACGCUUCUCCUCUUGGACUUCGUCGAUGCUGCCCUGAGACGGCUGGAAGGAGCCACGAGACAGAGCUCACCCCUCACGCUCCGUUCUGGGUGGUCUGGCUCCGUACAAGUCCCGGCCGAGCUGGAGCUGUGCCUCCAAGAGGAGUUAGCCCUAGCGCAGUGUGCCAAG